AUGCCAAACCAUUUUACACUUCCAUCCAAGCCGUCCCGAACAAAUCUGAUGCAGCUGCCCACCAUCACGUGCCAGCCAAUUCGACAAGCACCACGACCUCCGGUACCUUUGACUUUGGAUUCACCGAUACCGGUGUGUAAAGAGCCACCUCCCAUGCCAGAAUAUGUCCCCAUGAAUCCUCCAAAGUCAUUGAGGAUACUCCCAAAGGACAAUGAGAUUCGCUUGCCACCGAUAGCUCCAAAGCUUCAGAUUAGUGAUCCAAUUCCAAUAAUAGUAGCUGGUAAAGUGGUAAAUGAACAAGCGCUCAGGAAACCUCCUCCCUUGGCGAAGAAACCCUCACAAGACUUCAUCGCAUCUCUGGAGGAUACUCUUCGAGUGCAAAAUCUGGAGCGCAAAACAAAACUUCCGCAAGAAAACAGAGCAACG